AUGUUUUCAAUACCUGAAGACGGUCCGCUGUGCGACUUGUGCAACGUGCGAUUCGUGUCGCAGGAAGCGUACAGGAGACAUCUGCACGUGUCCGCGCGCCACAACACGAGCGACUCCGAUUCGAAAGAAUCUAACAAGAUGAGAAAAGGUAGAUCUCGUAUCGUAAGAGAAAAGAGGAGAAAUAUAGAAGAUGGAGACGAUGACGAUGAGAAGAAGAAAAUAUAUCCAAGUCAGAUGAGGAAGGCCGAGGGCCCGAUACCGUGUGAACAGUGCGGUCUCCAACUAGAAGACUCGAGGGCGUACCACGGACACUUCAGACGGAUGCACCCGGACAAGAACCGAACGAAAUAUCCGUCGAUGAAGUCGCCUUGCAUGUGCGAGGUGUGCGGGAGAAUGUUCCAAAGCUACGCGCUGCUGAAGGACCACCGCUGGGUGCACACGGGCGAGCGGCCCUUCGCGUGCGAGUCGUGCGGGAAGGCGUUCCGCAUGCGGCAGCGGCUCGUCGCGCACAGACGUGUGCACGCGCCCAGGCGCGCCGCCUUCGUGUGCGCGCUGUGCGGGAAGAGCUUCAGCACGCACAGCAACCGCCAGCGACACAUGUUCAUCCACACCGGCCUGAAGCCGUUCAAGUGUGAGAUGUGCGGGAAGUGCUUCAAGCACGCGAGCGAGAAGCGCGCGCACAUCACGUACGUGCACCUGAAGAAGCCCUGGCCCAAGCGGGCCCGGGGGAAGCGGCGGGCGGACAGGCCUGGUCAGAUGGGUCAAGUUCCGGUGGGUGUGAGCGAGAUGGACAUAGCUCAGCCGAUGUGGCCGAAUUGUGACCCCAAAAUGGGCGACAUGAACAAUAUCAUCGACGAUAAACCAAUAUAUUACAAUUUGAAAAUAUAGUUUAAGGCUGAGUUGAGCGUCACAUGGUGCGGUCGAACUUGGAUGGGUGAUCGUUCUUGGAAAUUAUCUCCAAGUGUGAAUUUUGUAUUUAUAAAUAAUCACAAUUUUAUAAUUGGUUCUUAUUUAAAAUAGAACAUUUUUUUGUUACAUGGCUGAAUACUGAAUCUCUGUUU